CCCUCUCUCUCUCUCUACUCCACUCACCAACUCCUCCUCCCGCUUUCCCAGCUUCCCUCAAAAACGCCAACCCAACAAGGAGAUCUCUCUCCCCUUCAAGCAAACGCUCUCUCUCUCUCUCUCUCUCUCUCUCUACCUCUCUCUUGUCAUCUCUGCUUGUGUUUGUGUGAGCGUUUGUGUCAUUUACUCAUGGAACCCCCACCUGCUCGUGGCCGCGACUCGGCGGCGCCGAAGCUCGACACGGCGGGAGAGGAGGCGGAGCUCGAGCUGGGCCUCGGGCUCAGCGUGGGCGGCGGCGGCGGCGGCGAGCGCGCCGGAGCCAAGCGCGGCAGGAUCUUGACGGCCCGCGACUUCCCGUCCUCGGUAGGGACCAAGAGGGCCGCCGACGAGGCCGUCUCGCAGGAACCUGGCGGCGGAUCCCCCACUUCUGGAAGUCAGGUUGUGGGAUGGCCACCUAUCAGGGCAUACAGGAUGAACAGUCUGGUCAACCUCGCAAAGGCGCCUCGAGCUGAGGACGACAUAUCACCGAAUGAAAAGGGCAAGUCAAAGGAUGGUUCGGAGGACAAAACGCGUACCAGUGGCAAGUCUGAUGUUGACGGCAGAGAGCAAAAACAUAUCGGGUUUGUGAAGGUGAACAUGGAUGGGAUUCCCAUUGGAAGGAAAGUGGACUUGAAUGCUCAUGCUUGUUACGAGACUCUAGCUCAAGCUUUGGAAGACAUGUUCUUCCGACCUGCCAAAACUGUUGAUUUAACCGGGGUUGAAGAAAAUAGGCAGGUCAAGAAGUCCUCGAAGCUUCUCAAUGGAUGUUCUGAGUUUGUGCUGACUUAUGAAGAUAAAGAGGGAGACUGGAUGCUCAUUGGAGAUGUUCCUUGGGGGAUGUUCCUCACUGCUGUCAAGAGACUUAGAAUCAUGAGGACUUCCGAAGUGAAUGGAAUAGCUCCAAGAUUCCAACAAACGAGCGAGAGGCAAAUGAGAAAGCCGAUAUGAUAUCGUUCUCAUCAGUCUUCUCACCCUUUCAAAUCUGACUACACAAAAGAAGCAAAUACCCCGGAAGCGUAUAAUUUAGGAAAUUAUAUACACCCGGUGAGAGUGCGCCCUGACGAAUUGUGCUGAUCUUCGCACUUUACAUCCUGCCGACCAUCCUCCGGUUGUCCUUUAUAUUUGUUGUAUUUCCUUUUCUUUUAUUUUGUGUCUUCAAAGGGUAGAUUCAUCUCCAUCUUGAUCCUUCCAAUCUCUCCAAUAGGUGGAGUAAUGGGGUGCUCUGCAUAUUUUGCUGAAUGUUUUGUUUUUUUUUUUUUUUUUGGGAUUCUCAUACUGUAAAUAUGGGAAUAUUGAGGUUAUCUAGAGGGUUUGAGCUUGGAAAUGCUGCUUGUUGCGGAGAUUGUUUUUGUUCUUUCCUUUGUUCUAUUUUCUUUUGUCCUUGUGGUUGAAUGUUAGUGAGAUCCAUAUUUGUUCCUUUGCUGAUGGAAGCUCUGGGGUUGAA